AUGAGUAACGGAGCUGGUCAGCGGCCACUCUCUGAAGUGAGCCCUAUGGCUCAGAGGCGCAAUUCGCCUAGCUGGAACCAAGCUACCAAGAUGCCGCAUGGCGAAUCGCCCGCAUACGAUGUGUCAUCUCAGAAUAACAAAACGUCCCCACGCCUCUUUUGGAAAGGUCGCGACUCUCCCUCGCCAUUUUCUAAGGGGGCCGAGAACAAAGCACCAUAUGAUCCAGAGGGUUGUUAUCUCCCUACAAAGCGCCCAUCGCUGGAAAAUUUGAAACGCGUGUCGAAGGUCAAAAAUCACAGCAUGUUCCUCGAAGGAGGUCAAGAGUAUGACCCAGCUUCAGCAGCUUUUCCUCAAAGACCGUUGGCCCCACAAAGGUCGCCGCAACGGGACAGCCAGAGGAAUGUUGCGACGUCACAGUUCGAUGAAGACACCACCCAGAGUUCUCGCCCGUCGUCCUCCAGUAAAGAGCAAGCAUCACCAAGCAAGUCCUCACUAUCCAAAGGUGGCCGGUACGGCAAGGGAUUUGACCCUCAGAACGACAUCUGGUCUGAGUAUGGCAGUGCUGGGCAUCGUCAUGCGAAGAGCGUCACAUUUGACCAUGCUCCUCCUCAAAUCAAUGAAUAUGAAAUGACAACACCGGAUCUUUCCUCAGUGGCAUCUGAGUCACGAGAGAAUAGCUACGAGUCCGAGGAAGAGGGGGAUCUUAGUUUUGAGGCCGAGUCAUCCAUUGAUUGUGAUGAUAGCUUUGACGCCUCGUUGGAAGACAUCGAGAAGACUCCUGUCGUCUUGCCCGAAGAUUGGCGUUUUAUGAGCCAAAGCCCAAACAGUGAUAGCGACCCUUUCGUCGAGAAUGUCGAAGAAGACAGCACCGAAGACCGACCCAUCUCGCGUGAAGGAGGAUCUUGUCAACACACACGCGUUGAGUCGUUGGACUCAAAUGGCGAGCGACGCCCCCUCCCGCCUUUGCCAUCCGUUAAUCGAAUGUCUGGCGCGCGCCCAUCCUCGGCUGGUAAGCUCGCUGCUGCGUUUGAGCUCGGCAGCGCAGGCCAGCGUGUGCUCCCAGAACCCCCAGCUCCCGCCUCAUACUCCAAGUCUGACCUCCCCGGCGCCGUUUCUAUAGAGGAGAGACUCCGUCUCAUGAUGCUGCAGGAGCAAGGUGAUAAUGAUACACGCGAUGACCACACGGAGAACAUGGAGGAACCCUUGGAGCUUCCCAGAGCAGAUGAAGAUCCUAUACCAAAAAGUGACACCCACAGAGAAGACAAGGCCAAAGAGAACUUCUUUUCUCCGCCUCGAAUUUCUCGCGACUCCAUCUUGCGAGGAAUUCGCAAGGGGGACAAUUACGAUGACGAUAGCUUCGAUGAAUCUUCUCAAAUUGGUUCCAGCCCCCAACGUUAUGACCGUUAUGACCCUGAUGUUCCUAUUCCAUCAAUGGAAACUAAUGACGAUGACUGUUCCAGUGUAAUCAUUAAAGCGGAAGAGCAUGAAGAGGACCUUUAUUCUAUCACGGGUUACUAUCAGAACACGUCAGACAACAGUCUGUCCUCCCGUGAUCAACGGGCCAAGUACGACGAGGAUAGCAACUAUUCGCUACGCUCUGCUGCCGAAGUCGCUGAGCGCGAAAAUCCUGGAUACCGUAGUCACAAACAGCAUUCUGAAGAGACUACCCCUAAUGCUGAAACCCAGGACAACAUUCAAAAGCCUGCACAGUCGGACAAACACACCCAGGAAUACAAAGAGUCGGACGCUCCUGCAGAUCAAUCCUUUGAUAUAGAAUCUGCACGUCAGUCUUUCCCCCGCUCAGCCACACCUGAGUUGCAGCAAGACCAAGCUUCCGAGCCCUCGACUCCAGACUCUGUCAUUCGUCAUCCGAUUGAGGACGAGUAUGAUGAGGAUGAACAUGAAGAAGAGGAAGAAGAAGAGGAGGAGGAGGAAGAGGAGGAGGAAGAGGAGGAGGAAGAGGAGGAAGAUGAGCUUGAGCCGGAACGUGAUGACUGUUCAUCCGACGAGUCUGUUCCUGAGCCUAUCGCGACAAUUCGAGCCCCUGGUGCUGAUCUCAAGACCCGACCAUCACUGACCCCUGCGGAUAUACAAUCUAUGGCUGCUACCCGACGUCAGAUCAGUGGCCAACAUGUUCCACCCGUCCCUUCAAUGACCCAGCGGAUCUCCACUGACUCAGACUCCUCUGAUGAUGAAGAAAGGCAGACCGACUCGCCACCGCAGUCGGGGUCGCACGCUGAUCUUGCCCAACGAAAAAGCAGUUGUUUGAAACUCGAUAUUCCCUUCAGUAUCCAGGAAGAAAGUCUUGGCUUUGGACUAAAUAAGGAGUUUGAUCGUGUCAUAGAAUCCCAAAAGGUUGCGUUUCACCUUGCCCUUUCCCGAAGCCCUGGUUCUUUUCCCACUUCUCAGGCCAUCGCACCCAAGGAACCCCUAGAAAAUAGUGCAUACCCCGCUGACUCUCCUACCCUGAAACAGAGAGGAUAUCUUAUGAGGCAGAACACGAAAGUUAUCAUUGCGAGCAGCCGUAACGAAGAAGAAGCCACGACAUCUCUUGAGCACACUGCCCAAGACCCGCGUGGUUCACGUCCUGCUGGGUCUUCUUCACGCAAACCAAGCCAACAGACCUGGACCACAGUCCCUUGGAACGGCUCAGCGCGACGCCCAAGUCUUAAGACUGCCACUGGUAUUCCGAAGAAGAAGCCCGUCCCUGGUGCAGGUGGAGUCCCACCUCUCCCUGGACAGCCCAGCAACAUCCAGGAAGCUCCCGCGAGCAUUGAAGAGAACGAACCUGUCAUCCCUGAAUCAUUCGAAGAUGGAGAAGAGCGAGGGCGUUUGUUUGUGAAGGUUAUUGGCCUCAAAUACUGUGACCUUCCUCUCCCACGUGGUGAACGCUCGUACUUCGCAUUGACUUUGGAUAACGGACUGCACUGUGUUACCACUUCUUGGUUGGAGAUGGGCAAGUCUGCUCCAAUUGGACAGGAGUUUGAGCUUAUUGUCCAGAAUGACCUUGAGUUCCAGUUGACUUUGCAAAUGAAGAUUGAUGAGAGCAAGUUCCAAACACAGGAACCUGCAUCGUCCCCUUCACGCCAAAAGGCAUCGGCCUUCAGCCGUGUAUUUGCAUCCCCACGCCGGCGUAAGGAGCUCGAUAUCAAGCAACAAAUGCAGUCGCAGCAGCAGAAGAGCAAGGAUGUCAAUGCCCCUGUGUACGAACGGCUUCGAAACUUGGUUGCGCGGGAUGGCAGCUUUGGCCGCGCAUAUGUGGCUUUGAGCGACCACGAGCAGCAGGCCUUUGGCCGUCCCCACAUUGUUGACGUUGCUUGCUUCAACGAAUGGGCAGUUGACGAACAGAUGAGUAGUGUCAAGAGCAAGAAGAGUGCGACUAGCAUUAACACGCAGCGUCGACCACCUUACAAGAUUGGAAAAUUGGAACUGCAACUGUUAUUUGUUCCUAAGCCUAAGGGUAGCAAGGAUGAUGAAAUGCCAAAGAGCAUGAAUGCCUGUAUUCGUGAAAUGCGGGAUGCGGAGAGCGUUGCAGCUCGAUCUUGGGAAGGCUUCCUUUCCCAACAGGGUGGAGAUUGCCCGUACUGGCGCCGUCGCUUCUUCAAGCUUCAAGGAUCCAAGUUAACGGCCUUCCACGAAACAACGCGCCAACCUCGUGCUACAAUUAAUUUAGCCAAGGCCUCUAAGCUCAUUGACGAUCGAUCCUCCCUACUUCAGAAAGAGACCAGCACCAAGGGAGGUUCCCGCCGCAAAUCUGCAUUCGCCGAGGAAGAAGAUGGUUACAUGUUUGUUGAGGAGGGAUUCCGCAUCCGCUUUGGUAAUGGUGAAGUGAUUGACUUCUACGCGGAUAGCGCUGCAGAUAAGGAGGGCUGGCUUCGAGUCAUGUCUGAAGCUGUUGGGAAGGGCUCUACCUCCGGUAAUGGUGCACUCAAGCCCUGGGCCGAGCUUGUGCUCAAGCGCGAGCGUAGCAUGAAAACUAGCAAUGGCACUGCUCCUCGUCGUCCACCGAGUGGGAUUCCUACAGCGCCUGCCUCAGUCCCAUCACCUGUUCGGAGCAGAGUCAGUGCCAUAAUGGGACCUCCAUCGACUGCAGGAUCUGGGGCGCCGGCGCCUCAAUCCCGACACAAGCACACCUACUCUCAACCUGAGAUUAGCAGUACCGAAGCGCGUCGACAGAAAACCCGCUCUCUCAUGUUCUAA